CGUGUGUGGGCCAGGUGGGUUUGCACUUUGCAUGUAAUUCCUUCACUGGACGGGCCGUGCAGCAAACCCAUCUUCCCGACCCUGUUUGCAGACGUCAAUGGAGAUGAUGAGUGCAGCAAUGGUCCUCCUCAAUCCUCGUUGUAACUCUAGCAUACUCAAUAGGAUAUACAUGAUGGGGUUGGGGAGAAUAGUCGGUAACCAGACCUCGCGUCAAGCCGAGAUCAUAAAGAGGGCGCUAUGGACACCAACUUUCUCUCUGCAUCUUUCUUUCAAUAAGCCCAGGAUCAUUCUGCCCCAUAUCUUCAUUUUUCUUCUGUCUCUGUAUAUAAAUGUAUUAAAUGCUCAAAUUCAUUCGUCUUGCGAGUUGCAUAUGAUGUCGAGGUUAUGGAAAUGGUACCAGAAAUGCUUGGCUGUUCAUCCAGUGAAGACCCAGAUCGUCAGCUCGGGAUUCCUGUGGGGAGUUGGAGACGUUGCCGCCACGACGGUCACUCACUCUACAAAGGAAAAAUAUCGUCAGAACUCUGAUGCAGACGAAGAAUUCAAAAUCAACUGGAGAAGAGUAGCAAUCACAAGCAUGUUUGGGUUUGGAUUUGUUGGACCAAUUGGCCAUUUCUGGUAUGAGGGUUUGGACAGAUUCAUCAGGAUGAGACUUCAUCUACAAUCAAAAUCAGGGCGGUCUGUUGCCACAAAAGUUGCACUGGAUGCAAUAAUUUUUGGACCCUUGGACUUGUUUGUGUUUUUCACUUAUAUGGGUUUCUCGACUGGCAAGAGCGUUGCUGAGGUGAAGGAAGAUGUGAAGAGGGAUUUCCUUCCGGCCUUGGUUUUGGAGGGAGGAGUGUGGCCACUCCUACAGGUUGCUAACUUCCGCUUUGUUCCAGUGAGAUACCAACUCCUCUAUGUGAACGUAUUCUGUUUGUUGGACAGUACUUUUCUGUCAUGGAUUGAACAACAAGAAGAUGCUCCAUGGAAACAGUGGUUUACGUCUUUUCUAGCUUUGGAGGAACGAGAAAGCUAGUCUUUGCUCAUUUUUUAUGAGCCCAUCGACCCUUGUGAUUUUUAAUGCAAAAUAAAUGUCAAGAUAUUAAUGCAAAGUUAAAUGAAGACCCUAAAGAGGACUAAAAUGUCAACACAAUAAAAUUGGAAUUCUGGGAAUUGAUUCUAACUGCUUUGAAGCUAUUA